CGCCUCCAGUAAGGCAGGAGCUUGAGAGCAGUGAUGGAUGUGACAUUUUCUUCAGGGUCAGCUCUGAACACUUGUCCUUCCCAGUUAACCCGAAUCCUUUUGGGUUGUGCGUGUCACCUGUUACCAGCUCAUCUGUCUACAUUAAUUAUCACUACUAGUUUGAAAGCAGUUAUUUGAGGCCACGAUGGAUCAAGCCAGGACAACAAUUUCAAAAAUCUUCAAUGGGGAGCCGCGCUCCUACACUCGCUUUAACCUGACCCAGAACAUGGAGGGUGACAACAGCCAUGUGGAGAUGAAGCUCUCAUCUGACAUGGAUGAUGAAGUGGAGGCUAACGGUGUUGGGGAAAACACAAACCAACAUAAUCAUCCAUAUUACCCCAGCAAACUGAACCAGCGUUCUCCCAAAACCGUCUGCGGAUAUGUCAUUGGCAUUCUGUUCCUUUUCGUUAUUGGAUACCUCAUUGGUUACCUGUCUAAUAGAAGCACAGACAAAACCGAAAUCAAGUCAGAUUGUCCGGUCUUUAAUGAGAUUGCCCCAGUGAAAGCAGAAGCAGUUUAUUCGUUGGACUGGAGUGAUCUCAGGGCAUUGCUGAAAAAGAAAUUGACAACCGACAACAUUAACAGCAACCUCAAGGAAUUCUCUAGUGCCAGUCACCAGGCAGGAAGCACAGGAGAUGAGGCACUUGCUAAUAAAAUCAUGGGGAAAUUCAAAACUUUUGGAAUGAGUACCUGGACCGAUGAGCACUAUGUGAAUAUCCAUGAGCCUGGUUCCUCAAAUAACCAAGUCCUGUUCCGUGGUAACGUUGUGGGAACAACCGAGGGCUAUUUGGCAUACAGUGCAAUUAAAACAGUGCAGGGUGCAGCUCUGUAUGCCCAUUAUGGGCGAGCAGAAGACUUCAGGCGCCUGCAAGAGCGAAAUGUUGACAUAAAUGGAAAGGUCGUCUUGGUUAGAGCUGGACUCUUAAGUUUUGCUGAAAAGGUUGCUAAUGCUGCUAGCUUGAAUGCUAGUGCUGUGCUAAUUUAUCCAGAUCCUGUUAACUACAAUAUUAAAGAGGACACUGCUCUUUUUGGCCAUGUCCAUCUCGGCACUGGUGAUCCCUAUACUCCAGGAUUCCCUUCCUUCAAUCAUACCCAGUUUCCACCGGCUCAGUCCUCUGGCUUGCCCAGCAUUCCGGCCCAAACUAUAACCAUAAGACAGGCUACUGAGAUCAUGAGUAAGUUAGGUGGUCGUACUUCCACUGAUGGCUGGAGUGAUGGGAUGCUUCGGGAUACCAUGUAUAAACUCGGCGAUGAUGGCGACAAUAUUACAGUGGAAGUAAAGAAUGUCCUUAUUCAGAAAAAAAUCCACAAUGUGUUUGGAGUCAUUAAAGGUUAUACGGAUACAGAUCGUUAUAUGGUGAUUGGCGCCCAGCGAGAUGCAUGGGGCCCUGGAUAUGCCAGAAGCACAGUUGGCACUAGUUUAGUGGUGGAGUUGGCCAGAACUGUCACAGAUAUGAUCAAGAAUGAUGGAUUCAAGCCAAAGAGGAGCAUAAUUUUUGCUAGCUGGAGUGCUGGUGAAUUUGGGAGUGUUGGGGCCACUGAGUGGUUGGAGGGCUACCUGACCUCCCUGAAUUUGAAAAUGUUUUCUUACGUCAGCCUUGAUGAAGUUAUUUCAGGUUUUGACACUUUCAAAGCAGCUGCCAGUCCACUGCUGUAUGAGUUACUAGAGAGCACUAUGAAACAGGUCUCAUCUCCAGUUGAUGCAACCAAAUCCUUGCAUGAACAGUUUGCUGGAUCCAACUGGGAGAAAUCUGUAAUGGAGCCUAUGGGUUUGUCUCACUCUGCUUAUCCAUUCCAGACCUUCUCAGGCAUCCCGUCACUUUCAUUUCGAUUUGCUUCGAGUACAAAGUCAUACCCUUUUGGCACUAUUGAGGAUACGGAUCAAAAUCUGGAACGGUACACUUCCUACAACACCCUGAAACUUGCCAAGACGGCAGGUGAGGUGGUCGGACUGGUUACGCUUCGGCUGGUACACGACCACUUGCUCAAGCUGAACGUGGCAAAGUAUACCAGCGUCAUCCGCAACUAUGUGUCCCAAAUCAGGUCUAAAGUUGAAUCACGCCAAAUGUCGGGCCGCCUUCCUUCCACUGUGACGAUGCAGUGGCUUCUCUCAGCUCAGGGGUCAUACGAUCGUGCUGCCAGCGCUCUUGUUUCCGCCAUCCGGAACAGUGAUCUUGAUGACAUGGAGCAGUGUCGCAUCAUCAACAAUCGCAUUAUGAGGGUGGAAGGCAGUUUUCUCUCUCCCUAUGUGUCUCCGCGGGAGAGUCUAUUCCGGCACAUUCUGCUGGGCUCUGGAUCACACACUCUGGCAGCUCUGGUGGAUCACCUUGAAGCCAUUAAAGGAGGGCUUGAAUCUGCUGACAUUGACCAAUUCAAGAAUCAGUUUGCUCUUGCCACUUGGACCAUCCAGGGCUGUGCCAAUGCAUUGGCAGGGGAAGUAUGGGAUAUAGAUAAUGAAAUUUAGACAAGCAGAUUCAGCUCACCUCUUUAACUGUGUGAUAAGUUUGAACCAUCACUCAAGGAAAAAAGGAAAAUGAAAGCAGAAAAUGAUUUUGGUGCUCUAUUAACAUGAAUUGAGGAUAUGUGGUUUACAUCAGUAUUUACAGCAGUAGUUGAUCCAAAAAUUGAACAUUGUGUCAUUUACUCACCUUCAUGUCAUUCUAGACCCCUUCUGUGAAACACAAAAGAAGACAUUUGAAGAAUGUACUAGUCAAACUUUUCCAUGAAAUUACUGGAGCUAUCAAACUUCAAAAAAGACACAAGGGCCUAAAAUAUUAUAAAAGUAGCUCAUAUCACUCAUGUGCUAUACUUCGUACUCUGAAUCCAUACAGAUCAAAAUUCAUAAGGGGUUUGAUUGACAUCAAGGUAGAUAACCCAGAAUUUCUAUUCUUGGAGGAAGUUUUUCUUUGAGAUCUAGUUUAGAUUACACAAAUUCGGAAUGUGUUACUGGUUUAUUUUCAAAAUUUUCAGACUCCUUUUAGGAACUUCUUGCAUAAUACCUGAACCGUCUGGAUUUAGAGCAUUGGUCUCAAACUCAAUUCCUGGAGGGCCACAGCUCUGCACAGUUUAGCUCCAACCCUAAU